AUGGCUAUGUUCAUUUGGAAACAGGGAAAGCUCAAUGAUGGUAAGGAGAUAGCUGUGAAGAGACUUUCGAGCAGCUCAGGCCAAGGCAUAGCCGAGUUCAAGAAUGAGAUCCUUCUAAUAUCCAAACUUCGACACCGAAAUCUGGUGAGACUUGUCGGUUACUGCAGAGAAGGAGAAGAAAAGAUAAUAGUGUAUGAAUACUUGCCGAACAAGAGCUUGGACUCCUUUCUUUCUGAUUCAACAGAGAAGCCAAAACUUAGCUGGGCCAUAUGCUUCCGCAUUAUCCUCAGAGUCACAAGAGGGCUGCUCUCCCUCCAACGCAAUUCUUGCCCCAGGGUCAUACAUCAAGUUUUGAAAGAGAGCAACAUUCUCUUGGAUGAAAAGAUGAAUCCCAAGAUUUCAGAUUUUGGGCUGGCACGGAUAUUCGAAGGAGUAUGGCAUCCUAUGUACGAAUAUAACAUGUCCAAGCCAUACAGUGGCUACAUGUCUCUGGAGUAUGCCAUGGGUGGGAUACUUUCUGAAAAAUCAGAUGUUUAUAGCUUUGGAGUACUAAUAUUGGAGCUGAUCAGCAUCAACCUGUCUACCGGAAAGCUUUCCUCAGGACUUUACCUAAGCAAAAGCCUAAUGAACCGGCCUUGA